GAAUGCUUUAGAUUCACAAACAUUUCACAGAAUAAUGGAGACUAGUAGAUGUCAUGUCACAUAUUUUCAAACAGAAUUUCACAUUUAUUUAUCAUUAUUCAGAGAAAAAUAAAUUUAGAUAAAAUAUAUCUUAGAAUAAGAAAAAAGGCAUAUAAAUUGUAGCCUCUAGUAAAUUGAGCUCGAAUUGUAUCCUGCAUUUAAAAUACAUAAUUAUACAUAUAUAAUUCAAUAACAAAUAUAUGUACUUUCUUUGAAUAUUUCAAAUUCAAGAAUGUCUUUUCGAGGAAAUAGUAAUAAUAAAAGAUUUUUCAGAAAUAAGAAAUACUCGAAUUUCAGAAAAAAUGUUUUAACAGAUAUAAGUGUUAUUGAUACCGAGCCAUCCCAUGGGUAUUAUGGAUUUAAAAUUUAUUUUCCAGAUGAAGCCCUAAUCGAUGUGAACAUUUUACUACUACAUUUAAAAAUCUGCAGAAAGUAUUUUGAUCAAAAUAAUGGAACUUUUGAUAUCAAUAUGAUACAAAAAUUUAAAUGUUUUUUACUUGAUUAUAAAUUAUUGUUGGAAGAUGAAUCAUUAACUGAGUGGUCUGAUUUUCAAAAUGAAUUGAUUAGUAGUACAGAAUAUAUACUGAACUGUUUUGGUUUAGCUAUGCAUCAAAUAGUUUGCGAAGAUUUUAUUGCAAGAAGCAGCGAUGACUUAGAUGUGACUUUAGAAUCUUUUUAUUCAAAUUUAGGUAAGAUUAGGCCUAAAAUCACAAACUAUGAACCAAUUCUACAGUUGAAAGAUCUCAAAGUAAAUAUUUAUGAAAAGCUCAGCAGUGUUCGAGGGACUGUAAUAAAAGCUAGUGGUGUCAAAAUACAGUGUGAAUACCUGGCAUUCUCAUGUAGUUCUUGUAAGGGAACACAAAUUAUUAGGCAAAAAGAGUCUAUGUUUACAUGUCCUAUAAAAUGUCUAACAAAAGGUUGCCAAGUUCGAAGUAAUUUUAUACCAUUGCACUCUUCUCCCUUUACGAGGACCCUAAAUAGUCAAAUUAUAAAAAUUCAAGAAUUGAUAGGGAAUGAUCAGUAUGAAAAUGGCCGUACUCCUAGGACACUAGAGUGUGGAUUAACAGAAGAUUUGGUUAAUUCAUGUAUGCCAGGGGAUGAUAUCACUAUAACAGGAAUUAUUAGAGUGAAAAAAGAAUCAAAUAUAAUGAAAAAUAAUCAACCAUCCCUCUUUGCCAUGUAUAUGGAAGGAAUAGCUGUUGCUAACAAUAAGAAUAGAAAUCAAGGUAGCUAUGGUGCAUCAGAACGUAUAACAUUCCAUAUGGACGAUUACUAUGCAAUUCAGAAAAUACAUGCUGAACCAAUGUUGUUCAGAUAUCUGGUUCAAUCUUUGUGCCCUAGUAUAUAUGGCAAUGAAAUUGUGAAAGCUGGUCUCCUUCUAGCUCUCUUUGGAGGUACAAAUAGGAAUUCAGCUAGAGCCGAAUCUCAUGUUAUUAUGAUCGGUGAUCCUGGACUCGGAAAAUCGCAAAUGCUUCAAGCUUGUACAAAUGUUGCUCCUAGAGGAGUUUAUGUAUGUGGAAAUACAAGCACCAGUUCUGGUUUAACCGUUACUUUAACUAGAGAAGGUGGGGGUGAUUAUUCACUGGAAGCAGGUGCUCUUAUGUUAGCAGACCAAGGAUGCUGUUGUAUAGAUGAGUUUGACAAAAUGCGGGCUCAGCAUUCAUCUCUUUUGGAAGCUAUGGAACAGCAAAGUAUAAGCAUUGCAAAAGCGGGAAUCACUUGUACUUUACCAUCAAGAACGACCAUUUUGGCAGCAGCAAACCCGGCAGGAGGUCACUAUAAUAAAGCUAAAACAGUAGCUGAAAAUCUCAAAAUAAGUGCUCCCAUGUUGUCAAGAUUCGAUCUUAUUUUCAUUCUUUUGGAUAAUCCUGAUGAAGAAAUAGAUAUGAUGUUAUCCAGACAUAUUUUAGCAAUGCAUUCAGAUCCAAAAAAUAGUUCUACUUCGACAACGAUAACUUUCAGCGAAACCUCUUCCAAUGAGCAGAGUUUAAGAACCCGAUUGCAAAUACAGCAAGGUGAAAAUAUUGAGUUUCUUCCUCAUAAUCUCUUCAGAAAAUACAUAGCCUAUGCUCAGAAAUAUGUCAAUCCCUAUUUAUCAGAUGGUGCCAAAGAAGUCAUUAAAAGCUUUUAUUUGAGUCUUCGUAAAAGAUUCCAAACAGGUGAAAGUACUCCGGUUACCACUAGACAAUUGCAGUCUUUAAUUCGACUGAGUCAAGCAAGAGCGAAAUUAGAAUUGAGAGAAGAAGUUACUCAACAAGAUGCGGAAGAUAUUGUGGAAAUAAUGAAAAGAAGUCUAAGUGACAUUUUCACAGAUGAAUCUGGGUUAUUGAAUACAACUCGAUCUCAAAAUAGUACAGGAAUGAGCAGUAGAAGUAAGGCUCUGAAGUUAUUAUCAGGUCUUCAGCAACUCUCCAAGACUACAUCUAAUUCUUUAUUUUCUACGAGAGAAAUACGAGAGUUAGCAGAAAAGAUUGGUAUACCUGCAGAAAAAUUUCAUAAUCUAUUACAAAAUCUUAAUAUUCAAGGUUAUCUUUUAUAUAAGGGUUCUAAUACAUAUCAAUUGUUGAGCGCUUGAAAGAUAUUAGAUAUUAUAAAAAACUUGUUAUGUUAAUUGUAUUUUACUUGUUUCAAUAAACAGAUAUUUAUAUUGAUUAA